GCGCUUGCUUUCUCUCCCACCAAAACUUCAGACCGGCGGGGAGACGGCGAGACGCGACAACGCACCGCCGUUGCCAGCGAAAAUGGCCAUCGCGCGACAGCAGCCUCACUUUCGACCGCAAGUGUCGCCGACAUGUUUCCUCCAUGAACUGUAAUCGUCCCGCCACCGUCCCCUUCGUAUUUUCCUUGUUCCUUUUCUUCUUUCCGAAAGCCGGAACGACUGGACAUUUCCACCAACAUGAGCCUACUGGUAUUUCCUACCGAGCUGAUCGCUCAGGUGUUCGCACACCUCGACGAUGAUGAUGUCUUCAGAGCACGGCUGAGCAACAAGGCUUUGGAAGAGGCGUCUUUUGCCUCAUUCGGCAAGCGAUAUUUCCGGAAGAAAGGCUUCAUGAUCACCUCCACGAGCUUGGACGUUUUAAAUCACAUAGCUCAACAUGAAGGCCUGCGAAAGCAUGUGCAACAUUUGUGGUUCAAUCCGGAUCUAUACACAUUCGCUCGACCGGCAUGUGCUCCGGAUGAUGAGGAUUCAGAUAUGGACUCUGCUGACGACCUCAUCACCCCGGCCGAGAGGAAGACUUCGGAGUCAUUGAGAGUCUUCGAUCGACUUUCUAUUCAGUACGAAGCAUAUCAGCAAGUCAUCAAAGAUCAUGCAGAGCUGUUAUACACGCGAAAGCUUGAAGACGAGCUUGCGUCUGCCUUCCAGCUAUUGCCAAACUUGAGAACUGUUGGAAUGCGAAGGAGCGAAGAUUAUAGCCCAUAUGGUUGGACUAUGCUCCGAGAUGCCAUUGGCGAGGACCCACGUAUCUUAGGGCCCAUUCCCUCGGGCCCAGUGUACGAUCUAUCUGACUCGACUUAUCUCUUCGUUGCCAUCAUUUCAGCAGCAGCAACAACUGGCACACGCUUGCAGAGGCUCUACACGGAUGCCAUCGAAAUCGACAACAUCAAAGAAGAGUGGCUUCCUCAGGACACCUUGGACGCAGCAUGCAGAUCCAUCCUGUAUAUCGAGCUCAAUGCUGUCAAAGGCUGGCUAAACACUCGACCACAUUUGAGAUCUCAGCCAUAUAAUACUCUUCGUCGCCCAGAAGAUUUUGGUACUGGACUGGCUCGACUGCUCAAAGCAACAACGAAUCUGAAAGAGAUUGGUUUGCAGAUAUUUCCAGACAGGAAACAGUCGCACCUACUUGCUCCCACUGCUCGCAAUCCUGAUAGCUGGCGAUUAAGCUAUGCCUACGUCGCUCUGCAGAGAGUAGCAAUGUCGUCCACUUUGCCACAUCUUACGCGAAUCAAGCUUGAAAAAGUGACAACAACAUCUACGACUUUGAUCAGUCUACUCCGACCGAGCUGCAGCAAUCUCACAAGCGUCAAGAUUCGUGACGUUCGCCUACUCUCAUCAACGAAAACCUCACCCACCAACCCGUCUGUAUUUGCUGGUGAUACAGAAGAUCUCGAGCCACGUCCCUGGUAUACGAUCUUCAAAUUCCUGCUGGACUCCUGCCCAGAACUAGACUUCAUUCUGCUAAAUCAUCUUAUGCACGAUCGAGGAACCGUCUCUUUCACUGAAGAAGCUCCUCCGCCUAUGCCAGCGGAAGAGGCAGAAUGGUUGAUGAACCACAUCCCACCGAGUCAUGGCGGACAAGGGAGCUUCACGAGAUAUGAGCAUGUCAAUCUGCAAGCAGAGGGACGGGAAAAGGUAAAAGAUGAAUUGGAGAGAGUCGUGGAUGCACAUUGGUACCAUCAACCACUGUUUAGUUAUCUGAUGGAUGAGAAUGUUUGGCAUACCGACACGAGUGAUGAGGAAUGGUGAGGAUUACAAUUUGCACCGACGCAAACACACCGCAAAGCAUGUUCUACCUGAUCGAGGGGCUGCUCAAUUCUACCACGAUUCUCAAAUACGAUACGAUGUCUUCGAUCGAAAUGAUGGAAUAGCGACCAUCAGUCCGCCAGAUCAAGACGCUUAACCGUGGCUACCUCUGAAUGCA